CGAAAAGAACAAGCGUUAGUUUUGUUUGGACAAGUUCAAGUCAAAAUAUCUACUGGAAUUUCUAAAAUUAAGCAAAACAGUGAAAAUUACUAUAAAUUCAUAAAGUUCUCAAUGCAAAAGUCACAGUUCCAAUUCAUAGUCCGCAGCAAGCUGAUAAUCAAACAAACAUGAAAUUCUUUAUUGCACUCGCCUGCAUUUUGGCUGUUGUUGCUGCCAACCAAGAUGCCAAUGUUAUCAAAUCAGAUUCCGAGGUUAAUGUGGACAACUUCAAGUAUGCUUACGAAUUUGACAACUCUAUCAAGGCCCAACAACAGGGUUCCUUGAAUGGCGAUAACUGGGUGGUCAAGGGCGAUUUCGCUUUCACCUCCCCCGAAGGUGAACAAGUCUCUUUGCAAUACACCGCCGAUGAGAAUGGCUACCAUGUUGAUUCUGCCAACCCCUUGUUGCCCACACCUCCACCAAUCCCAGAACACAUCCUCAAGGCCAUUGAAUACAUUAAGGCUCACCCAAGCCCCGAUGCUUAA